CUGUACUGCACGUACCGAGAUAAUAAAUUUGUCUACAUGCUCAUGGAGGCUUGUCUUGGGGGUGAAUUGUGGACGGUCUUGCGCAAUCGUGGUCGAUUCAACGAUGUGGUCACACGAUUCGUGGUCGCCUGUGUCCUUGAAGCCUUCACGUAUCUGCACACACAAGGAAUCAUCUAUCGAGAUUUGAAACCAGAAAAUCUUCUACUGGACGAAAAAGGAUAUGUGAAAUUAUGCGAUUUCGGGUUUGCCAAACGAAUUGGUUUGAACAAAAAGACUUGGACAUUUUGUGGCACACCUGAGUACGUGGCACCCGAGAUUAUUUUGAACAAGGGACAUGAUCAUUCAGCCGAUUAUUGGUCACUGGGUAUCCUCAUCUACGAACUACUAACUGGAAGCCCUCCUUUUACCGGUUCUGAUCCAAUGAAGAUCUACAACGUCGUUCUCCGGGGGAUCGAUGCUGUCGAAUUUUCACCGCUUCACAUCACUCGAACGGCGGCCACACUGAUCAAACGAUUGUGCGCUCAGAAUCCAACACAGCGUCUAGGUUACGGUCUUGGGGGGAUCAUUGAUAUCAAACAGAAUAAAUACUUCCAAGGCUUCGACUGGAUUGGUUUACAUCGGGGCACACUGGUAGCCCCGAUUCAGCCUGUGAUUUCCGGUCCGGAGGAUGUGUCCAAUUUUGACAAAUACCCGGAGAAAUUGGAAAAUCCCCCGGAUGAACUAUCCGGUUGGGACGCCGAUUUCUGA